AUGCUAAGGAACGGUAUGAACGGUGAUAAAGUUGUUAUUGUUGCAUAUAUGUUAUUAUUUCAUUCGAGCAAAUUAUCAUGCUAUGUAUUUGUCGUAGAUUUUUGUUGAUAACGAAUUUGUUCAGAAUCACGAUAUUUGAAGCUUAGCGUAAGUCCAUGGCCACAUUAAUCUGUCGUGAUUUAUGUUCGAACAACUUCAAAGAUUAUCAAAAAUGAUUCGGGUUCGGGCAAAGGCCAUUCAACGGGAAGUUAAAUGCUAUAGUACUUGUCAGUAGUUACUGCAUGACCUCGUGACAUACCUUCGCUAAAAAAGUAUAUGUUUUUGAUCUUCCUCAGGUAGUUCAGACACAAACCACGGCAGCUUAUUGUAGAAUACUACCUACACUGAAUCACUACGUUUGAAAUAUCUUCUUCAGGUAGUUCAGACACAAACCACAGCAGGUUAUUGUAGAAUACUACCCACACUGGACCACCACGUUUGAGAUAUCUUUUUCAGGUAGUUCAAACACAAACCACAACAGCUUAUUGUAGAAUACUACCUACACUGAAUCACUACGUUUGAAAUAUCUUCUUCAGGUAGUUCAGACACAAACCACAGUAGGUUAUUGUAGAAUACUACCUACACUGGACCACCACGUUUGAGAUAUCUUUUUCAGGUAGUUCAGACAUAAACCACGACAGCUUAUUGUAGAAUACUACCUACACUGGACCACCACGUUUGAGAUAUCUUUUCAGGUAGUUCAGACAUAAACCACGACAGCUUAUUGUAGAAUACUACCUACACUGGACCACCACGUUUCAGAUAUCUUCCCCAGGUAGUUCAGACAUAAACAAUGAUAGUAUAUUUUAUUUUUCCUUCUCUUUACAUAGAAAUUCCUAAUGGACCGCCAACAUCAACAAUAACAGCAACAACAAGUGCCACAACAAGAGCAACAACAGAAGCAACAGGAUCCACAGCAUCAACAAUAGCAACAACAGCGGCAACAACAGCAACAACAACAGCAACGGCAGCAGCAACAGCAGCAGAAGCAGCUAUACAGAGAACUGAACUAGAAAAUACAACAACUAUUCCACCUGCAACCGAAUUCUUACUUCUUACAACAAAGAUCAUACCAGUUGUAACAAAGAAAGCAAUAAAAGCAGUCAUUGCCAUCGGGAAAAAGACAAAUACAAAAGUAAGAAGCUCAAAUUUGUUUAUAGUGAACCUCGAAAGAGCUUUUCAUUGAAACAAGUGAGAAAGUUGACAGUUUCUUUAAGAAAACUAAAUCAGCUGGCUCUUUUUACGGCCGUAUCUUUGUGGAAAACAUAAGUAAGGAUUCUAUAUGCAAUUUUUAAACUUUAUUGAUAUUAUUUCCAGAAGAAAAUGGAGCCAACAGACAAUACGAAGCCUGCAGUCGACGCCGACAAGACAGAUGAUCCACACGAAGAGAGAGAAACAUUUUGGAUUUUGGUUUACGUUUUCAUGGGUUUCGCCAUAUUUGAAGUUUUGUGUGUGGCGUUGUUCUUCAUUUAUAGACACAGACGAAAACGGAAACAAAAAAGGUAUGUUGGUUUUUUGUUAAUUCGAAAGAGUAACAUGAUUGAUGCAUUGGACGUGCUGGUCCAGUGUAGGUAGUAUUUUAUAAUAAAAGCUAAUAAACUGUCGUGGUUUGUGUUUGAACGACCUGAAGAAGACUAUUUCUCAAACGUGGUGGUCCAGUGUAGGUAGCAUUCUACAAUAAGCUGCCGUGGUUUGUAUCUGAACUACCUGAAAAAGAUAUCUCAAACGUGGUGGUACAGUGUAGGUAGUAUUCUACAAUAAGCUGCCGUGGUUUGUGUCUGAACUACCUGAAAAAGAUAUCUCAAACGUGGUGGUCCAGUGUAGGUAGCAUUCUACAAUAAGCUGCCGUGGUUUGUAUCUGAACUACCUGAAAAAGAUAUCUCAAACGUGGUGGUACAGUGUAGGUAGUAUUCUACAAUAAGCUGCCGUGGUUUGUGUCUGAACUACCUGAAAAAGAUAUCUCAAACGUGGUGGUCCAGUGUAGGUAGCAUUCUACAAUAAGCUGCCGUGGUUUGUAUCUGAACUACCUGAAAAAGAUAUCUCAAACGUGGUGGUACAGUGUAGGUAGUAUUCUACAAUAAGCUGCCGUGGUUUGUGUCUGAACUACCUGAAAAAGAUAUCUCAAACGUGGUGGUCCAGUGUAGAUAGUAUUCUACAAUAAGCUGUCGUGGUUUGUGUCUGAACUACCUGAAAAGAUAUCUCAACUACCUUCAGAGAAUAUGCACAAUAGAGAUAUCAAGUUAUUUGCAAUUAAUUGUUCGACUUAUAGAUUUGAAAAUUGUUUAUCUUUUCUUAUUUCAUAGAAGAGUGACUGACAAUGCCACUACAUCAAAUUAUGGUAUGUUAUAAGAUUUUAAAAUUUUACUCAGAAACAUACGUCGAUAUUACCAAAGUCUGAAUUUUGUUGCAAAAUUAACAAUGUUUCCUGGUUUGCCUACCUUUCGCAAACAGGGCUAGGAAACAAUAUGUUUCCUGGUUUGUCCACCUUUGGGAAACAUGGCUAGGAAACAAUGUUUCCUGGUUUGUUCACCUCGGUGAAACAUAGCUAGGAAACAAUGUUUCCUGGUUUGUCCACCUUCGGAAAACAUGGCUAGGAAACAAUGUUUCCUGGUUUGUCCACCUUUGGGAAACAUGGUUUGGAAACAAUGUUUCCUGGUUUGUCCACCUUUGGGAAACAUGGCUAGGAAACAAUGUUUCCUGGUUUGUCCACCUUUGGGAAACAUGGCUAGGAAACAAUGUUUCCUGGUUUGCCCACCUUCAGGAAACAUGGCCAGGAAACAAUGUUUCCUGGUUUGUCCAUCUUUCAGAAUCAUGGCUAGGAAACAAUGUUUCUUGGUUUGUUCACCUUCGGGGAACAUGGCAACGAAACAAUGUGUUCCAUUUUGCUUUUUUGCUGGUCAGUGAAAGAGUCUUUAAAUAGAAUCGAGUCCAGAUUGAUUAGAAUUAGCAUCAAGAAUGAUAUGGAAUUAAAAUGUAUUUUCCCUCUUAGAUAACGAAGGAAUGCACGAAGCAAGAGCGAGCACUGUCAGUCCGCCUCCAGCUUAUCCAGAAACCAUAGAGCUGUACGAGAAUGAAACCGGUGAGCCGAGAUACAGCUCGAUUCAGCAGAUGCGAAACUCAUUGACAAGAACCAAUGGAAUUAACCUGAUUGAGAAUGGCAUUCCACCAAAUAUGGUAAGCCUUUGUGGUAAUAAUCUCUCGUACUAUGCUGAGGUAAUACAUGUUCUUGAAUGUGGGCAACCUUAAAGUGAUCUGAUGUUGUACAGAACUCACUGCUGAGUUAAGAAUGGUUAGAUCAUGCAGAGGUAGUACAUGUUCUUGAAUGUGGACUAUCUUAAAGUGAUCUGAUGUUGUACAGAACUCACUGCUGAGUUAAACAUGGUUAGAUCCUGCAGAGGUAGUACAUGUUCUUGAAUGUGGGCUACCUUAAAGUGAUCUGAUGUUGUACAGAACUCACUGCUGAGUUAAGAAUGGUUAGAUCAAGCAGUGGUAGUACAUGUUCUUGAAUAUAAGCUAACUUAAAGUGAUCUGAUGUUGUACAGAACUCACUGCUGAGUUAAGAAUGGUUAGAUCAUGUAGAGUUAGUACAUGUCCUUGAAUGUGAGCUACCUUAAAGUGAUCUGAUGUUGUACAGAACGUACUGCUGAGUUAAGCAUGGUUAGAUCAUGUAGAGGUAGUACAUGUUCUUGAAUGUGAGCUAUCUUAAAGUGAUCAGAUGUUGUACAGAACUGACUGCUGAGUUAAGCAUGGUUAGAUCAUGCAGAGGUAGUACAUGUUCUUGAAUGCGGGCUAUCUUAAAGUGAUCUGAUGUUGUACAGCAGAGGUACCAUAUGCUCUUGAAUGCAUGUGGGCUGCUUAAAGUGAUUUGAUGUUGUUCACAAGGGCUUAGAUAAGCACGUCCAUUUUAUAAAAAGUACAAUAAGUGAAUAAUAUUUAUGUACUUCAGGUCGUCCCAGAACCACGUUCAAGAGGAAAUUCCCAUAUCUCGCAAGGCCGUUCAAUUAUCGUACUUCCGAGAGACUGCGUGAUUGUGCACGCUUCAGGCUCACGGAAAUCGCGACACAGCACGCAUGGGGAAAGCAGCACGCACGAAAUCGGAAUUCAAAAUAACGCCGGACCAACGUCGGACGACAACAGAAGUUUAUACUCCUGGGAAAGCUUUUCGAGUUGUUAUCGAACCAGUACAGACGAAGACUAUGUUUCUGGGAGCAACAGAGCGAACUGGGAAGAGGAUUCGUUGUACGAGGAACCUGAUAAGGUAAUACAAAGAAGUAUCAAAUCCUCUACAAAAACAUUCGGUUUGGAAAGACUGUUUGCAUUACAGGAAUCAGUGAUUAAAAACGCGGAAACUACUAAUGAGAGCGCGGAUAAUGAUGAUAACAGCGCACAAAAUGCUGAUGAGAACGGAAAAUAUGCUAAUGAGAACAUCUGUUACGCUAAUGAGAACGGUAAUGAGAAUGCAGGUUAUUCUAAUGAGAACGAGACUUAUGCAAAUGAGGAUAAGAUAUUUGACGAUAUGCAAGAGGAUAAUAGCGAUUAUGAAGGAGAACACAUCUAUGAAUCGGCCGAAGAUUUCACGAGGGACCGUGAUGUUUCAUACUACGAAAACGCGUACGAUUUGCCGCAAGAUGCUCUCGCAAAGUGUCUUGGGAAGCCUAACAAGUUUGUGCUAAAGCACGUGCUUCACGAAGAUACCGCGGAAGAUCAAGAGCCGAGCCUGAAUUUAGGGAUGGAAUUCGUGAACAAUAACGAGGUAAUGGUUGAGGGUGUGGAUGUGAAAUUGAGGCCAACCAGAGGAAGUACGUUGUACUUACAUCACGAAGGAAACGACGAGAGUGAUAACAGAGCCUCAAAUUGCUGAUUUUUCUGUCGGCGAUGAAUAUAGUGACGAGAUAUUAUACAAAGAAUGCCUCCCAACAUCGACACAAGGGCACUAACGGAGGCG